AUGUCUGGAAUGCUCCAAUCUGUCACCGACCUCCCCCCUGUCAAGCGACACAUAGCAACCCACGAUGCCAACGGCAAGAGCGUGUAUCUGGAUUCGCCCGCACAACAAUACUUCCCUGUCCCGAACGUCGGUGGGCUUGCCCGUUCCUUUUCCGUGUCGUCGGUCCCAGCCAAACUCGAAAACGACGAAGACGUGAAAGCGUAUCUCGGCACCGAGGGACCAACAAGCUGGACGUCCCCCAACAUUGUCACACCCAACGGAGUGAACCUGCUCAUUGUCGAUCUGGCGCCUGGAGGGUCGAGUGUGAUGCAUCGGACCGUGUCCAUUGACUUUUCGGUCUGUGUGGUCGGGGAGAUUGAGCAUGAGUUGGACGGUGGAGAGAGGGUCUUGUUGAAGCCAGGGGACCAUAUUGUCCAACGAGGCACCAUGCAUCGGUGGCACAACGCCUCCAAGACCAAGCCAGCGAGAUUCAUCGCCACCACCGUCUCUUGCGUGCCAUUCGACAUUGCUGGCAAACAGCUGGAAGAGAUUCACCUGCCGCGGGAUUCGCAAGAGAAGUUGUGA